AUGGAGAUCAAGACGUUCGAUAUAUCGCUACGCAGGAGGGCCGACUUUCCCGACCUCGACGACCUCCCCAGAGUUACCAUCACCGAGAAGACAAGCCUGCGUCAGGAAUUCGACUACAAGUUUGAGAAGAUGAGCGAUUUUAGUCUGGUUCAUUCGCCGAUUUGGGCGAAGUCGGAUGAGAGGACACUGCCUGCGGUUGUGGUUAUGGAUGGGGAGGGUAAUGUCCGCCAAUUGGAUGGCGAUGGGAAAGAUAGGGAGGUGGACGAUGGCUCUUCAUGGGGCUGGAAGUUUAUGCGAUCGGAUUGGACACGGCGGAGGACGACGACACCCAGGUCGGCAAUGCGGAAGGAUCGCGAGCUCAAACCACGAGGCGCAUCGUCGCUUUUGGGGCACACGUACGGCGCCUACGCCAAUAACCACCUUUUCUUCUUCAGUGGACAUGCGAUCCCUGAGCUGCCCCUGGCUGCGGCUCUUACAGCGGUGCCUAUCUCCAGACGCGGUUUGGACGCCGGAGAGCCGCUUUCGUGCUACACGUUCUAUGUGAACCUUGAGGGAGACUUCAAUCCUGAGAUGAUUGACCUUUGUACUAUUUGUCCGUUGACUGGCCGGAUGGCUGUGAUUUGGUUAGAAUAUGGAAAGGAGGUGGAGGAGAUUCGUGUCAUAGAUCUUUUGGACUUGCCUGUUCCAGGUUCGGAGGAGUAG